CCCCCAGCAUCCAUCACCCGAGCGCCUUCUCAAACCCGUUCUGCCUCUUCUCGUCGACCUUCUAUACCUGGUUCAACACUUCAUCGACGUCCUUCUCGUCCCUCACACCCCCCGCCCAGCAAGCUCACUCAUAUCGAAGCCAUAGAAGCUUUACGGCAAUUCCUAAGGGAAAGAAGCAGCUACGAUGUUUUCCCUGUCAGCUUUCGGUUGAUUGUUCUGGACGUACAGUUGAGAGUGAAGAAAGCUCUAGAUGUGAUGCUUUUAUAUGGUGUGGUCUCUGCUCCUUUAUGGAAUACGGAGAUGGCAAAGUUCGCAGGAAUGUUCACAGUGCAGGAUGUGAUACAUCUCAUCCAAUACUAUUAUCAUACUUCUAGUUGGGAAGCCGCACCCGCCGACGUUGAAGCUAUUCGUUUAGCCAGCAUCCGAGAAAUUGAAAAGAUGCUUCAGGUCCCACCUCCUCCACUCCUAUCGGUCCAUCCACUUCGCCCUCUAUACGAUGCUUGUCGUUUUCUUAUCCGCACCCAUGCUAGACGAUUACCACUGAUCGAUAUCGAUGGUCAGACACAAGGAGAAGUUGUUAUCAGCGUUUUGACGCAAUAUCGGGUGUUGAAGUUCAUCGCUAUGAAUUGUCGAGAAAUUACACAGUUUCUCACCGGCGGAGUCCAAGAACUCGGUAUAGGCACCUAUGUGCAGAGUCCAGAGGAUGGGAAUGUGUUCGCGCCGCUUGCCACGGCCACCUUACAGACUACUGUUUUCGACGUCGUCCAUAUGUUUUCCGAAAAGGGUAUCUCGGCAGUGCCCAUCGUUGACGACAAUGGGAAGGUGGUGGAUCUGUAUGAGACGGUCGAUGUCAUCACCCUCGUACGGAAUGGCGCCUACCAAGCCCUUGACCUGACCAUAGCCCAAGCGCUAAAACAACGCUCACACGACUUCUCCGGUGUUGUCACUUGUUCUCCCAAAGAUUCUCUCUCUGCCGUUUUUUCGCUGAUCCGGAUACGACGGGUGCAUCGGUUGGUCGUGGUUGCUGGUCCCGAUGAUCCUCAGCCUGGUCGGUUGGUAGGAGUCAUCAGUCUGAGCGAUAUAAUGAGGGAACUCAUCGGUCGCGAUGUGGAGCCCGGGGGUAGUGGGAUCGGUGCAGAGCCAGUCGAUCGCGCCUUGAGGGCUGAA